AUGGUCAGUCCGCAACAAAUUGAGAAUUUGCAGAACAGUUUUGAAAGAGCUGUGCGACUCGGUGGGUCACCAGGAGCCGUUUCGACUUCUCCUACGCAGUCGUUCAUGAACACCCUUCCCCGCCGUGUUAGUAUGUCGAAACAAUCAAAGGCUUUGAAACCAUUUUCGACCGGUGACAUCAAAAUCCUGCUGUUGGAAAACGUUAAUGAAACCGCGAUAAAUAUGUUUAAAGACCAGGGCUAUCAGGUUCAAAUUUACAAAUCGUCUUUGCCCGAAGAGGAGCUCAUUCAAAUGAUCCAGGAUGUGCAUGCCAUUGGUAUAAGGUCAAAGACUAAGUUGACGGAAAAAGUGUUGAAGCAUGCAAAAAACCUGGUGGCUAUUGGAUGUUUUUGCAUUGGUACGAACCAGGUCGACUUGGACUAUGCUGCCAAAAUCGGUGUCGCCGUCUUCAACUCGCCCUUUUCCAACUCUAGAUCAGUUGCUGAACUGAUCAUGGCUGAAGUCGUCUCCUUGGCCAGACAAUUGGGCGACAGAUCCAUCGAACUUCACACUGGUACGUGGAACAAAGUUUCUGCUAGAUGCUGGGAAGUGAGAGGUAAGACGCUUGGUAUUAUUGGGUACGGUCACAUCGGAGCCCAAUUGUCGGUUCUUGCAGAGGCCUUCGGUAUGCACGUUCUCUACUAUGACAUCGUGACCAUCAUGGCGUUGGGUACCGCCAAACAGGUCUCUACGCUCGACGAACUAUUGAACAAAGCUGAUUUCGUCACUUGUCACGUGCCAGCUACGCCUGAUACUAAGAACCUGUUGUCUGCUCCCCAGUUCGCUGCCAUGAAAGACGGUUCGUAUGUAUUGAACGCUUCGAGAGGUACCGUGAUUGAUAUCCCAGCCCUAGUCCAGGCAAUCAAGGUUGGCAAGAUAGCAGGUGCUGCUCUAGACGUUUACCCCAAUGAACCAGCGAAGAACGGUGCUGGCGCCUAUAACGAUGAGUUGAACAGCUGGACUUCAGAGUUAGUUUCGCUUCCAAACGUCAUUCUAACUCCACACAUCGGAGGCUCAACAGAGGAGGCUCAAAGUGCCAUAGGUAUCGAAGUCGGGAACGCGCUCAGCAAAUACAUCAACGAAGGUACCUCUGUGGGCUCUGUGAACUUCCCAGAGGUUUCGUUGAGAUCAUUGGACUUGGAUCAAGAAAACACCGUGCGUGUUCUUUACAUUCACCACAACGUGCCUGGUGUUUUGAAAACCGUGACAAACAUUUUGUCAAACCACAACAUCGAAAAACAAUUCUCAGACUCUACUGGCGACAUUGCCUAUUUGAUGGCCGAUAUUUCUAAUGUAAACCAAAGUGACAUCAAGGAUAUCUACGACCAGCUACAUGACACCGAAUACAAAAUUUCGAUCCGUCUUUUGUACUAA